GAUGGGAGCUGAAACGUCGAGUUUAGAUACCGGUCAGGAUAAGGAAUUGGUUGGAAAUAGCCCAACGCAAAGAAAUUGGCGAGGAAUUUUAAUUGCUCUACUUGUUAUCCUUGUUGUGAGUUCUUUGAUUGUCAUUGCCGUAAUCUUAGUCACUCCGAAUACUAGAAAUGAAAAACAGGGAGCACCUUUUACUUUCGACGACUUUAUCAAUAAUCGUCUACCUGUUGAAACUUAUGAUGUACAAUGGAUAGGUAAGGAAAUAUUACUGAAAACCAAAGCUCAUUGGUUUUCUCCGAAUGGAAAACAAAUUCUCUAUUUAAAAUUUGAUGACUCCAACGUUUCUCUUUAUAGCUAUACUCUAUAUGAUGAAAAUAUUGGCGAAAGACAAGUUAAUAUUCGAUAUCCUAAGGCUAUGGAAAAUCGAAGUUCUGUCAAUCCAAUCGUUGAAGUUCGCGUUGUCGAUACAUCCAAUCGAGGAGCGCAGAUGUUAUUUAAACCUCCUGAUGAAUUUAGAAAUCAACAAUAUUAUGUGACAAACGCUAAAUGGCUAGAUGACUCAAAUAUCUUGGUGUUUUGGUUAAAUCGCUUACAAAAUCAAGCUAUUCAUACAGUCUAUUCUAUUGACUCUCCGAAACCGACUGUUGUCUUUCACGAAAAAGCAGUCAAAGGAUGGUUAACUAUGUCUGAGGCAUAUCCCUUGCCAAAUAAGAAGAGCUAUUUGACCAUAAUUUCGAAAAAAGAAAGCGAUAACGAAGCAUGGAAUAAUCUUGUUCCAACCAAUCUCGUUGAUAAUAUACCAACUUUUAUUACUACUGAAAAAUGGGAUAAAAAAGCUAUAUUAGCCAUCAAUAAAGAAUCAAUGUCAAUUUUCUAUUUGGGAAAUAAUGAUGAUCCGCGAAAAAUGCAUAUAUUUAAAGUAAAACUUGACGAAGUUACUAGUACUGGUUUCUCUCCAGUGUGUAUUACCUGCAAUAAAUCAGAGGAGUGCGAUUAUUAUACUGCUGAAUUCUCGAGAAACGGUUUAUAUUAUAUAGAAAAAUGUGCUGGUCCUGGUAUUCCAUACUAUACUCUUAAGAGUACGGUUGAUGAUAGAAAUAUUAACUUACAAGACAACGCUCAAUUAAAAUCAAUGGUACAAACAAAAGCUUGGCCAAAGAAAGAAUAUCACAAGAUUCUAAUAGAAAGAGAAGGAGAAGAACCAUAUUCUGUGUAUGCAUCCGUAUUACUACCACCGCAACUUAACAAGAAACACGUUACGAAAUAUCCUUUAUUAGUUUAUACCUAUGGUGGACCAAAUACUCAAUUGGUAAAGGAAAGAUUUCAAAUCGGAUGGGAAACUUAUCUCAGCAGUAGUGAGAAUACUAUAUACAUUGAAAUUGAUGGUCGAGGUGCUUCGGGUAGAGGACAGAAAUAUUCGAGAAGUCUUUACAAGAAGUUGGGUACUUUAGAAGUGCAGGAUCAAAUAUCAGUUACAGAAUUUUUUUGUAAAAAGUAUCCGUUUAUUGACUCUGAUAGAAUAGCCAUCUGGGGUUGGUCCUAUGGCGGUUUCGUGACAAUCCAUGCAUUAGGAGACGAGAAAUCUGAUAUUUUCAAAUGUGGUAUUGCCGUAGCUCCAGUAAUAGAUUGGCGAUACUACGAUACAACCUACUCCGAGAGAUAUCUUGGUUUAUAUAAGAACAAUAGAGAUGUUUAUUCAAUUGCCAGUGCACUUCCCAAAGCAAAAAACUUUAAAGAAAAGAAAUUUUUGAUAAUACAUGGGACAGCUGAUGAUAAUGUUCAUUUUAUACAUACUGCCAAAUUCAUGAAAGCUCUCACCAAUGCCGAAAUAACUUACAAUGCACAAAUUUAUCCAGAUAAAAACCAUUUGAUAUCCGGUCCACAUACAACAAAGCAUUUAUAUCAAACAAUGACGAAAUUUCUUAAAGAAAACUGUUGGAAUGGUGCUGAACCGGAAGAAUUCAAUCCUGAGAACAGUGUGAAGAAAAUAGACAGCUAA